CAGGGCCGGGCAUGCCAGCGGCGCGGGGCCCCGGAGCCGCCCGGUGGCCGCGUCCAGGGGAUGGCUCUCCGUCUGGUCACCGACUUCGAUCUCCGGAAGGACGCACUCCCGUGGCUGCGGGCGCAGCAGGCGGCGUCGCCGGGCACUCGGGCUCGGGGCGGCUGCGCAGGUGUUUUAAAAAAUUAUUGUGAGAGCUUACGUAUAUUAAAUGUUGAAAGAAAUGGAAAUAUAAUCUAUACCUAUAAGGAUGAUAAGGGAAAUGUCUUCUUUGGAUUAUAUGAUUGCCAAACCAGACAAAAUGAGCACCUCUAUACAUUUGAGAAAGACUUGCAAGUUAUCAGUUGCUCUGUCAACAGUGAGAGAACUUUACUUGCUGCAAGUUUAGUUCAAACUACUAAAGAAGGAAGAAAGAAUGAGUUUCAACCAGGAUCAAAGUGCUUAACUCUGUUGGUCGAAAUCUGCCCCGUGAACAAUGUGAAGGUUCUAAAAGCAGUGGAUAGCUAUGUUUGGGUACAGUUCCUCUAUCCACAUAUUGACAGUCAUCCUGUUCCAGAGAACCAUCUGUUACUGAUUUCAGAAGAGAAAUAUAUUGAACAAUUUCAUAUCCAAGUCAUCCAAGAAGGUGGAAAUAGAGUGGUGAUUAAAAGUUCUGGCCAUCUCCCAAGAGACAGAGUAGCAGAAGAUUUUGUUUGGGCUCAGUGGGACAUGUCAGAGCAGAGGUUAUACUACAUUGAUGUGAAGAAAUCGAGGAGUACCUUAAAAUGCAUCCAGUUUUGUGGUGAUGAGAACUUUAACCUAAUGUUUGAGGCACCCUUGGAUAUAUCAUUAAGUGACUCAGGAUUUAAACUUGUCAACUUUGGAUGCGGUUAUCUUCAAGACCAAGAGAAUUUACCCAAAUACCUGAGUCUGUGCGUUUUUACCAACCGUACAGGAAGUUUAUGUGUGUGUUACAGCCCGAAGUUCGACUCUCAGGAACCAAUCACAUAUUCAGUGUUUUACUUUCAUAAAGGCUACAGCAAGACCUUCACCGUUGCUCGUGGGAGUGCUCAGUCACGGAUGACAAAGGGCAUUACUUUUCUUAACCUUGAAUACUACAUAGCUGUUUACUUACCUGGUCAUUUCUUUCAUCUACUUAACAUUCAACAUCCAGAUCUGAUCUGCCACAGUCUGUUUUUGACAGGAAGCAAUGAUGUGAUCGAUAUGCUACCUCAUAGUCCUUUGCAAUCGCUGUCAGGGUCCCUGGUACUGGAUUCGUGUUCUGGAAAGCUCUACAGAGUGCUCCUGAACGAGUCCCGUUUACUCCAGUCCCUCUGGCACACCCGGCCGGACUGGGAGAAGAUGGCGGUGCUGCACUGCCUGCUCUCCUGUGGCCAAGACCCACAGUUUGUGGAAGCCAAGAUUAUUCAGUGGAUUUCUGAGAAUAUCUCUGCCUGCUAUUCAUUUGACCCCAUUCAGGAAUUUAUAAUUGCUUCUUCAUAUUGGAGCAUAUACCCUGAGACAAGUAACAUGGAUACACUUCUGCCAUAUUCUUCAGUGCUCACUUGGAAUACAGAAAUUCCUGGAAUAACCCUUGUGACAGAAGAGAUCACGUUGCCUCUAAUGAAGGUGCAUAGCUUUAAGAACUACUGGGAAAAACUGAAUGCCAACCUGGAAUAUGUCAAGUACUCCAAGGCACACUUACAUUAUAACAACAGCGUGGUCAGGAGAGAGUGGCACAGCUUGAUCUCGGAAGAGAAAACAGGAAAAAGAAGGUCCAAGGUGUAUGUGAGGAACAUUCUUGAUAAUGCAGUAAAGGUGAUUUCGAACCUGGAAGCAAGGAAUUUGGUUUCAGAGCCAAGACUGACACCCCUCUUCCAGGAGGAAGACAACCACCAGAGGCUGCUUAUGGGGCUGAUGGUGUCUGAACUAAAAGACCAUCUUUUGAGACAUCUACAGGGUGUAGAAAAGAAGAAAAUUGGACAGAUGGUUCUGAACUACAGUUCAAAACUGCUGGAUCUGAUUUGCCAAAUACUGGAAACCAGUUGGAGGAGACAUAACCUUCAUCCCUGGGUUCUCCACUUUAAUAGGCGGGCUAGUGCGGCUGAAUUUGAGGUCUUCCACAUCAUGACCAGGAUUUUGGAAGCUACUAGCAGUUUGUUCUUACCUCUGCCUCCUGGUUUUCACACUCUGCACACGAUCCUUGGCGUCCGCUGUCUCCCUUUGCAUAACCUGCUGCAUUACAUUGAUAAUGGGGUGUUGCUUCUCACAGAAACAGUUGUCACAAGGCUCAUGAAAGAUCUGGACAACACUGAGAAAAAUGAAAAACUAAAAUUCAGCAUCAUUGUGAGGCUUCCUCCGCUUAUCGGUCAGAAGAUCUGUCGACUUUGGGAUCAUCCUGUGAGUUCUAACAUUAUUUCCCGGAAACAUGUGAAGCGACUGCUUCAGAACUAUAGGAAACAGCCUCAGAGUUCUGUGAUUGACAAGGCAUCAUUCAGUGUGGAAUUUCUUCCUCUGAACUACUUCAUUGAAACUCUGACAGAUAUAGAAUCCUCCAAUCAAGCUCUGUAUGGUUUUGAAGGACAUGACAACGUGGAUGCAAAAUUUGUGGAGGAAGCAGCUCUGAAACAUACCACAAUGCUUUUAGGCUUAUAAAAAAAAUAUAACUGUAACAGCUUCCCAUUUUUAAUCUUGUUCAUUAGUUCUACUUCUACUGAGAAUUCUCUAGCAGGAUUUAAAAUUGGUUACCAAAAUCAGAAUACAUUGUUGAGCCAUCUGAAUUUCAGCUUGGUACUUGUUCAGACAGAAGUAAACUGUGAUAUCUCAUCCCAGUUUUGAACAGCAGGUAAGCUGGCAAGUGUGGAGAAAUGACAAACAGUCCAAGGAGUCAGGCAAUGGCAUAAAAAAUGCCCUUCCUAGUGGCCUCCUAGGCCAAAAGCCCAUUUCUACUGCAUUCUGAAAUAAAAUAUGCUUUAAAAAUGUAUGGAAUAAUGCUUAGAAAAACAAAAACUAGAUGUGUCAUUGAAAAUAAAAUAUGACAAGUGGAAAAAUUAAAUGUUGCAUAAAAACUGUAUUUCUAAAGAGGAUAGUUUCUAAAAACCUGAGUUUGGACUAAGUCAAAUCUGCUAUUUCUAGUAUAGGAUAAUUUGUAUCAU